GCUGACGGCGCUGAGCCCCCUGCGCGCGGCACAUGGGGCGCUUGACCGAGGCGGCGGCAGCGGGCAGCAGCGCUUCAGCGGCUUGCUCCGCCGGGUCCCCUCCCACUCCCCUGCCCCUCUUUUCCACGUCCCCCGAGAGCGCGGCCACCAUGGCGUCCAGCGAGGAGGACGGCACCAACGGCGGUGCCUCCGAGGCCGGUGAGGAGAAGGAAGCCACGGGCAGGAGAAGGCGCCUCAGCUUCCUGGCCACCGCCUGGCUCACCUUCUACAACAUCGCCAUGACCGCAGGGUGGUUGGUUCUGGCUAUUGCCAUGGUACGUUUUUAUAUGGAAAAAGGAACACACAGAGGUUUAUAUAAAAGUAUUCAGAAGACACUUAAAUUUUUCCAGACAUUUGCCUUGCUUGAGAUAGUCCACUGUUUAAUUGGAAUUGUGCCUACUUCUGUGCUUGUGACUGGGGUCCAAGUGAGUUCAAGAAUCUUUAUGGUGUGGCUUAUUACUCACAGUAUAAAACCGAUCCAGAAUGAGGAGAGUGUGGUGCUUUUUCUGGUGUCGUGGACGGUGACUGAGAUCACUCGCUAUUCCUUCUACACAUUCAGUCUUCUCGACCACUUGCCAUACUUCAUUAAAUGGGCCAGGUAUAAUUUUUUUAUCAUCUUAUACCCUGUUGGAGUUGCUGGUGAACUUCUUACAAUAUAUGCUGCCCUGCCGUAUGUGAAGAAAACAGGAAUGUUUUCAAUAAGACUUCCUAACAAAUACAAUGUCUCUUUUGACUACUAUUAUUUUCUUCUCAUAACCAUGGCCUCAUAUAUACCAUUGUUUCCACAACUCUAUUUUCAUAUGUUACGUCAAAGAAGAAAGGUGCUUCAUGGAGAGGUGAUUGUAGAAAAGGAUGAUUAAAUGAUCCCUACAAACAAGGUGCUUUUUCCAGAAUAACCAGGAUUACUUGAGUCCAAGUUUUAAUAACAAGAAUAAAGAACUUCAUGAAAUA